AUGUCUGGAUCACAAGCUCUCUCCAGCCACCUCCUCACCGAGUGGUGGUUUGCGAAGAUCCAAAACCCCGUGCUGUCCAAAGUGGGCGAGACCAUCAUCGCCACGUCCGCAAUGCGCGAAAAGCUGCCCUCGAAUCAGGCCUUGCACCCGGAAUUGCUCCAGUCACUGAGACAGGGCCAGGAGGUGGCCGCGAGGUACAAGUACCACGAGGAGCUAUUCUUGCUCUGGCAGGCUGAGUUUCUCUCUGGCUACGAUAAUGACGAUAUUGAGUACCUCGCCACGCUGCAACGGCACCGGCACGAUGCGGCAGUGAUGGCGUCUUGCCAGCGGACAUCCUGGCGCCUCUUCCAUCAAUUCUUGGAGCGCGAGGAGAUACCAGUGCCGGAAGCCGCAGUCGCGGGUGCAACAAGCUCUGGAACGAAUCUGGGGGGCGACCCAACAGUCGAGUAUCGAACACGGAGCAUGAGUUGGGUCAUCGAGCCAUGCCCUUGGCUCAAGCUUCGAGAAACCAACAUCUCCAACCAAGGCACCAGAAACAAUCUCCCAUACUACUUGUGGGACAAAGAAGGCGGGUGUACCGUAGAAACUGCACAAUUAGAUCGCCGCCCUCUCUACGCAGUCGUCAGUCACACAUGGGGCCGAUGGCGCUCGCAGAAACCCUCGGUGACGGUCGACGGCGUGCCGUGGCUCGUUCCCCAGAAUUCUCGGUUCGAUGUCCAGGGGCUCCCAGACAUGCUGCGGCGCAUGGAUAUCACGACGCGAUAUAUCUGGGUUGACCUGUUUUGCAUUCCGCAGGACAGAUCCAAGCCGGAGCAGGCCGUAGUGUACAACUCUGAAGUUGAUCGCCAGGCCGACAUAUUUGCCAGUGCCCACUCAGGGGUUAUCUGGCUGAAUGACAUCAACUCCUGGAGUGGACUGAAUGCGACCAUCUCGUGGCUGUGCCUGCAGUGUCUGGAGCUCUCUCAUCCCAACGUCCGAAGCCUUCUCCCGACCCAGAUCGAUUCGAUCGCUGGCCAGGCGCAGAAACCCACCGGCCUAUUUGGAGACGACACCGCUGCAACCGAGCCUUCGGGGUGGUUCUCCUCCCUCUGGACGCUCCAAGAGACCUGCCUCCGCCCUCAAAUGGGAUUCUUAAACAGCGAGGGAAAGGCGCUCUUCGUUAAUGACGACACCGUGACACUGGAUGGACUGCUUGCUCUUGAAUCCUGGGUCCUCCUCCAACUUACCACGCGGAAUUACCCUCUUCUCGGCGUCGAGAUCCCCCGAGGGCCGGCCGAGCUGUUCCGGCUUAGCAACGAGUUCCAGCUCGAUUUUCUCCUUGAUAUCAACCCCCUGAAGGUGCUAGGCAUGACCAACCAGCGGUACUGCCAUCACAGCCGCGCGCGUGCCGUCAUGUCGGCGAUUGGGGCUACAGCUUGGUGGCGCGACCACGUGCAGAGAGUCGGAGAGCCGCCGCCGGAGACCGAGUUGGUGUUGGGCAGGUUCCCGCUCAUGUUUAUCAAUGAGAUCCGACAGCAGCUCGGCGCGUCAUUCUUUGGUUCGGUGAGCCUGUCGCCUGAAUAUCCCGACAUCGGCGUCUCCGAUAGUGGGAGCAUCAGGAGGUUCGGGUACACAGUGAUAGGCUCCAUGAUGCCGUUCUCGUCGAAUGCUGCCCGACGGCGGGGCUCACACGUUUGGGGCCAAGAACAUCACGACCACCCCUCAGUCAGCGGGUGGAGGAUCUGCCCAGACGGAUGA